AUGGCUCAUGGUAGCAAACACGGGUCUCAUUAUGCAGACUACACAAAAGCCUCACAGCAAUUCGAAAAGAACGUCUCCGCUGUUCAGAAGCUGAUCGCUGCCGCUGGCCUUACAUACGGCUUUGGCAAAACACCAAAAGCUGAGAAAACAACUCGUACCAGCUCACGAAGCCGAGGUGUUAAAAGUGGGUUCGAAGCCCAGCCAGAAAAUGUGCACAUCAGCGAUGAGGUAAUAAUCGAGAGCGAUAAUAACACCGUGAAUCAACUCGUUGAAGAGAAGAACAGGGAAAUCGAGAAGUUGUUGGAUGCCAACGAGGAACUAAAAUUACGAGUCAAAGAACUAAGAGCGGAGCUGCGGGAUGAGAUGCGACACAACAUCGAAUUACAGCAGUCUUUGGAAAAAGCUGAGGAACGCCAAAAUGAAGUACCAGAACAGACAUCAACUGUACCAGAGGAUGGGCAGACUGCAGACCAUAAAGAGCAAGGAGACAGUCUAGAAAAAACAAAAUUACUACUAGCAGAGAAAGAUGAAGAGUUGCGAAAGAAGGACGAUGAGAUUGCACAACUUCGUGAACGACUCGGUGAUGUGGAACCGAAAAUUGUUGUACCAGAAGAACAUGCCGUUCCACAAGCCCAAAACGACGAAAAGAUCGUCGAAUUGGAGAAGAAGAUCACAGAAAUGGAACAGGAGAAGACUCAGCUCAUUGAAAAAAUUCAAGCCGAGCAGCUGGCUGUCAUCACUGAAAAAGACCAACACAUUGGACAGAUUGUUGAAGAACUUGAAACAGCUCGCAAUGACCUUCGUGAAGCGAGAAACAGGAUACAAGAACUUGGUGAGAAGGAAGAAGAGAUCAACAAUCUGCACAAUGUGAUCGCUGAUCUUCGAGCCAAUCUUGCCACUGCAAAGAAAGAGAAGGAGGAAAGUGAAUGGCAUCUUGGAGAGCAUAAAGAAUGGCUGAGUAACUCUAAAGAGAAGGUCGCGUACUUGGAGAAUCAACUGAGUCUCUUGACAAGCGAUCCUGAUCGUCUUACAAUACCACCUCCGAGUUCACCUAAGCCACGAGCAGGGCUCGAAAAUGCUGAUGAGUCAGCUAAAGCACAGAUACGAGCAUUGGAAACCAAGCUACAACUUGCUAACCAAUCAUUCAGGAAUAGCGAAGCUGAACGACAGAAAUGUGAACAAAUCAACAGAGAUACCAUGAAGCGUGUCAUGCAGCUUGAAGGCGAAAACGGUCGUCUGAGAGGAAUCACUGAAGAAUUAUCAGCAAAGCUUCGGGAUUCAGCGAGUGCCCAAGUACUUGAGGAAAAAGACGCUCGUCUUCGUGAUCUUGCUGAGGAACGUAGCCGACUUCAAUGGAGAAUCGGUGAACUCAGUCAAUGGUGGAGUGACGCGAAGUGGAAGAUCGGCGAACUAGAAGCUGGCGUGGCUCACCAGCGACAAAUGAUUGAUACGGCAAAUGGGAAAAUUCAGAGUUUGAACGAUCAACUCGCCACAGCAUUGAGAGCACCGCAAACUUCCACUACUACCACAUACGUCGUUCCACCAUCGUUCAGUGUCAGUCAAGCAGUUCCUGGACAAUGGCAUUUAGCCAAUACAUGCUUCGCAUCACCACCAGUUCCUGCACCAACGCCCCUCUACAGUGCGCCGCUCUAUGGUGCACCAUUCUACAGCGCCCCAGUUUCCUAUGAGACCAAGAGAGUGAAGCUUGAAAUCGAUAUCGACACCCAGCAAGACGUAUUUGUCAUGGGCUCGUUCCUUAAUUGGCAAUGUGCAUUAAAAUGUGACCCGAUAGGUGUGGGAAGACGAGGUCUAACACUCGAUUUACCACGAGGAAGGCACGAGUUCCGAUUUUUGGCAGAUGGUAAUUGGAUGACGUCAUCAUUGUACACGAAAGUUCCCAACGGAUUUGGUGGCGACAAUAAUCUGCUCUGGGUAGAAUAA